CGGAUGGGUACAGGACCUUGAAAUGCACCGUGUAGAACACAAGACCAUCGUACGAACAAAGGGUGACCAUCCGUCCCCCUUUCCCCGGACAUGUCCACUUGUCACGGGAGAUUUUCGAGACUGAUGAAAAUGUGUGACGUCAUCCCCCAGCUGCUACGUUGUGAGUGGCUGUUCUGUGCCCACAGACGCCUGAUGACGUGUAAAACAUGCCAAAGACGAACUGUAAAAGAAAUUUCCGUCCUACCGUCCCGCUCUUUGUCCUGAAGAGUGGACAGAUUCAAAUCUCUCUGUAUGCAGAAGGAUCAGCGAAGGCUUCGGGGAGGGAGCUGCUGCUGCUUACAAAGGGAGCUGUGAUGACACCAGAGGACCUCUUAAACACCUUAGAUGAUUUGGGAGAUGGGGAGUUCAAAAAAUUCAAGUGGUUCCUACAGCAGGCCAACAUCAUUCAAGGCCUCCCAACCAUCAAGAAAAGCAGACUAGAGAUGACAAACAGGUGGGACACUGUGGACCUGAUGGUGCAGACCUACAGACUUCCUGGAGCUGUGAAGGUGACCAGAAAGGUUUUAGAGCGGAUCAGUAGGAAUGACCUGCUGCUCAGUUUGUCUGCCAGCAGGUCCAGAGCAGAAGAUGUGAUGGUUCCAGUACCAGAGCCUUGCCCCAUCAUGUUUUACCAGCAGAUGCUUCAAUCAAACUUCCAGGACAAGUUCACGUGUGCACAAGAAGGUUGGACAGAAGAUAAACAGCGUCUGGCUGAUAUCUACACAGAGCUGUACAUCACAGCUGGGUAUGAUGUACAUAUCAACACACAGCAUGAGGUCCGGCAGAUUGAAAAGGCAUGGAAGCCAGCAGAACCAGAGAAAUCUAUUAGACCCACAGACAUGUUCAAACAUCCUUCAGGAGACUACAGACCCAUCAAAACAGUGAUGACCAAUGGAAUCGCAGGAAUUGGAAAAACCUUCCUUGUUCACAAGUUUGUUUUGGACUGGGCUGAACAAAGAUCCAAUCAAGAUGUGCAUCUGAUUUUCCCCUUCACCUUCCGUCAGCUGAAUCCACUGAAGGGAGAAAAGUUCAGUUUGGCAGAGCUCAUUCAUGAAUGCAUCCCAGAAACUGUAGGCAUCCCACAGGACGCUCUGAAUUACAUCUUUACAGAUGUUCAGUCAUCAGGAAUCACCAACUAUGACAAGAGUAAAUUCAAACUUCUGUUUGUGUUUGAUGGGCUGGAUGAGAGCCGCCUUCAUCUCGACCUUCAUUCUGAAGACAUUCGCUCUGUCGAUGUAACAAAGGCAACUAAAACAGAUGUCUUGCUGAGGAAACUCAUCAAUGGGAAACUGCUACGCUCUGCUCGCAUUUGGAUAACCACAAGGCCUGCAGCAGCCAAUCAGAUCCCUCGAGAGUUUAUCAGCAGUACAACUGAGGUCAGAGGGUUCACUGACCCACAGAAAGAGGAGUACUUCAGGAAGAGAUUCAAAGGUAAGGAGCAAGCUGACAAACUCAUCUGCCAUAUCAAAACAACAGCAAGCCUCCACAUCAUGUGCCACAUCCCAGUCUUCUGCUGGAUCACUGCAACAGUUCUGGAAGAUGUGUUGAAAACCAGAGAGGGAGGAGAGCUGCCCAGGACUUUGACUGAGAUGUACGCAGAGUUCCUGGUGUUUCAGAUAGAUCGGACAAAGGAAAAGUAUGGCCCAGAGAAGAGCAUUCAAUACAUUAAGUCAUUAGCAAAACUGGCCUUUGAGCAGCUGGAAAAGGGCAACCUGAUCUUCUAUGAGAAGGAUCUGAGAGAGAGCGGCAUUGAUUUCAGUGAAGCCUCGGUGUGCUCAGGAGUGUUCACAGAGAUCUUCAAAGAAGAUCGAGGAAGGAAAGGAAAGACAAGAUGUUUAGCCAUCGUCCAUCUGAGCGCUCAGGAGUUUCUGGCUGCUCUUUAUGUGAGGAUGUCGCUUAUAAAUAGCAACAAAAAUGUGAUGCUUUCACCACCACUGUCUCUGAAAAACCUUCGACUGCUUUUCAGUAAAAUAUCUUCAAAGAAGAUCAACAAAAUUUCCAUUGACAGGGCCUUACAGAGUUCAAAUGGACACCUGGACUUGUUCCUUCGCUUCCUUCUGGGUCUUUCUCUGCAGACCAAUCAGGAUAAACUACAGAGCCUACUGAAAAAAACAGACUGUCGGUCGAAAACCAACCAGAAAACAAUCCAGUAUAUCAAGGAGAAGCUCGGUGAGAAUCUGUCUCCAGAGAGAAGCAUCAAUCUUCUCCACUGUCUGAAUGAACUAAAUGAUCGUUCUCUAAUAGAGGAGACCCAACAGUAUCUAAGUUCAGGAAGCCUUUCUACAUAUGAACUUUCCCCAGCUCAGUGGUCAGCUUUGGUCUUCAUUUUACUGUCAUCAGAAGAACAUCUGCAUGUUUUUGACCUGAAGAAGUACUCUGCUUCAGAGGAGGCUCUUCUGAGGCUUUUGCUAGUGGUCAAAGCCUCGAAAACAGCUCUGCUGAGCAACUGCAAUUUGUCAGAAAGAACCUGUGAAGCUCUGUCUUUGGUACUAAGCUCACAGGUCUCCAGUCUGACAGAGCUGAACCUGAGUAACAAUGACCUGAAGGAUUUAGGAGUGAAGCUGCUAUCUGCUGGAUUGGAAAGUCCACACUGUGCACUGAAAAUUCUCAGGCUGUCAGGCUGUCAGAUCUCAGAGGAAGGCUGUAUCUGUCUGGGCUCAGCUCUGAAAUCCAACCCCUCACACUUAAGAGAGUUGGACCUGAGCUACAACCAUCCAGGAGACCUAGGGGUGAAGCUACUGACUGCCGGACUGAAGGAUCCACAGUGGAGACUUGACAGUCUCAGCCUGGAGCAUGGUGGAGAGCAAAGGCUGAAACCUGGUCUGAAAAAGUAUUUCUGUGAACUUGCACUGGAUGCAAACACAGCAAACAGGAAACUCAAACUGUCAGACAACAACAGGCAGGUGACAGCAGUGACAGAGAAGCAGCCUUAUUCUGUUCAUCCAGAGAGGUUUGACGUCUGGCUUCAGCUGCUAUGUACCUCUGGGCUGACUGGUCGCUGUUACUGGGAGGUUAAGUGGAAAGGAUUUGUUUUUAUAGCAGUGAGUUACAGGAGCGUCAGAAGGAGAGGAAACAGUUAUGACUGCAGGUUUGGAGGGAAUGAUCACUCCUGGAGUCUGAGGUGUGCUGAAGAUGAAAGUUUCUCCGUUUGGCACAAUAACAGAGAAACAGCCAUCCCCUCCUCUUCCUCCUCCUCCAUCUCUCACAGAGUAGCGGUGUAUGUGGAUCGGCCUGCUGGUAUCCUGACCUUCUACAGAAUUUCUUCCGGCUCACCGAUCCAUCUCUACACUUUCCACACCACCUUCAGCAAACCCGUGUACCCUGGGUUCUGGUUAGUGUCACAUGGUUCUUCAGUGUCCCUCUGCCCACUGUAGGAGGACGAGUCUUCCAUGUGCGGUUGCUGGCAGAAAGGUUUUGAUUUUGAAUGUUGAACAUAUGAAGUAUGUGUGGGGAUGGUCUAACAGAUGGCAGAGUGUUAAUACAAUCAUGUGAUGUUCUGCUUGUAUAAUAAAACCUGUACUUCAUGUUUUAUAAAUUCUGUAAACAUCAAAAAUUGCUCUUUUUAAAAUCAGUUUUCUCCUCUCUGCUUACAAACUGUGAUUCAAAGCAUACAAUAAACCACAUUAUUUGUCA